CCUGGAGGAUGGGAUCACAAAUGAACAAGCCAAGCCCACUUUUCCACGCUUAUAUAAGGCGUGAAGCAAACGGUAUCAAGUACGUUGUCGUUCGGAAGUCAACAUGAAGUCUACACACUGCAUCAUAGCUACCUUAGUGCUGGUGGCAGUAGUCUCAGGAUGCGAAAAAAAAUAUAAAAGCUUAGGCUGUUAUUGGGAAGAUAAAGAUGGAGAAACUCUUUUCAACGACAGAGAUAACAUUGAUUGGAAAGACUUUUCUGGAUAUUUAACGAGAAUCGCAUGCAAAUGCGACAAAGCCGCUAAAGAAAAAGGUUAUGACUUCUUUGCUCUCCGAUAUUAUGGUAUUUGUGUUGGUCUAUCUAAAAUUGGUCAUAUUGAAAAACGCAAAGGAGCUUGUAUGAAUGCAAAAUUCAAAGAUUGUGAUGAUGCUGCACCAGGCGAAUGCAUUGGAAAGGACUUUGCUGAAACUAUAUAUGAAAUUGGCGUCGAUGGUGGUUACGGAGAAUGGGAAAAAUUCGGAAAAUGUAGCGUAUCUUGCGGUACUGGCCAACAAACAAGAACACGGCCAUGUAACAAUCCUAAGCCCAUUGCAAAUGGUAACAAAUGUGAUGUUCUUGGUCCUGCUGAAGAAACAAGAGAGUGCGACGCCAAGAAAGAUUGUCCAGUCAAUGGUAAAUUUGGUGAGUGGUCGUCGUACGGACCAUGCAGUGCUAAAUGUGGAGGAGGCUCACAAACAAGAACCCGAGAAUGUGACUCACCCGCUCCUGCUGGAACUGGAAAGAAAUGUGUUGGUCCCACAACAGAAUCACGAGAGUGUGGAAAGGGAGAUUGCUCAGUUGAUGGGGGUUUCGGUGAUUGGUCAAGCUACAGUUCAUGUUCCAAAACAUGUGGUGGAGGUGUCCAAACACGUACCAGAGAAUGCAACAAUCCAACUCCACUGGGAAGUGGUAAAGACUGCGCUGGUGCGCGAGAAGAAACCCGUGGUUGUGCAAAUGACUUCUGCAAAGGACCAACUGGUGUUGCAAAAGCUCAGGAACUUGUGGAGAAGUUUCUCAAGAGUUUUCAUAAAACUGAAUAUCCUGACAAGACACCAUCAGGUAAAUUUUACAAGGCAAUCUUUGAUAUCCAAAAAGCAGUUGCUGAAGAAUUCAUUUCAGUUGAUCCAUCAACAAAAGGAAAAACAGUUGAGGAAAGAUUGAAGGAUUUGGAAAGCUUCUUGAAAGUGGCUACAGAAGGUGGCAGCAUUGAUUUUGCUCGUGCUACUUUAGGAAAAGGAUUAUUCACUUUUAUGAAGAAAAAGAUCAAGGACGGUCUUCCAAUUGACGAGAUCGAUAAAGCAGCCGAUGGUUAUCUGAAAAGUAUUAAAGAUGAAAUUGGAGAGCAAAGUUAUAACCAAAUUAUCUCUAGUCAGGGAGACAGCACAUUGAUGUUUGCCAUGGAUACUACUGGAUCAAUGAAAGAUGAAAUCACAGCUUCUAAAGCCAUUGCAAAAUCUAUCAUUGACGCAACUCGUGAUUUUGAAGUUGACUACAUCUUGUCACCAUUUAACGAUCCUGGAACUGGACCAGUCACUUACAAAAGUGAGAAGGAACGUGCUGGAUUUAUCACUGCCAUCUCGAACUUACGUGCUAGAGGUGGAGGAGAUUGUCCUGAACUUGCUAUCAAAGGUAUGCUUAAUGCUUUGGAUCAAGGACCUAAAUAUGGAAGCCCCAUGUUUGUGUUCACUGACGCAACAGCUAAAGACGACUCAGCUGAAAAUUUGGAAGCUUUGAAGUCAGCUGCUGAUAUGAAUUCUGCUACGAUUACCUUCUUUACAAAUCUUAAUGGUUGUACUGGAAGUGGAAAAACAGGAAUUGACAGUUACAAGGAUAUUGCUUCAUACACGUCAGGUCAAAUUUUUCCCCUGAAAAACGAAGCUGAACUUUUAAAGUUCAAAGACUAUGUUGCGAGCAGUUUGAGUCGAGACACAAUGAUUGCAUCAGGAGGUACCAUCAAAAGCAAAUCAAAACGAUCUGUUUCGCCCGGACAAAACAAAUUCUCAGUUGACGAUGGCAUUGCGAAGUUAAUUGUUUCAAUAGCUACCAGCGCUCAAAACACAGCACAAUAUGUUACACUGACAGACCCAGCUGGAAAAACUGUGACUGCAUUGAACACAAUGUCAAUGAUCCGUAUUUUCCAAAUCGACAAUCCACCAAGUGGUGUAUAUAGCUUGGUGUUCCCAUCAGGAGCUGGAAAGUAUGAAUACACGGCGGAAGCUGUUUCAAAAGAUGCUAUUGAGUUUGCUCAUAACUUUAUGUAUCAAGAAAACCCAAGAAAAGAAUCUCCACCAUUCUCAUUGUAUAAUCCUAUUACAGGUGUUGAAAACCAAAUGAUCAUUCGCCUGGGUGGUGUACACAGAAUUGAUAUGAGCACAAUUCGAGUUGAUCUUGUGGAUCUUCAUGGCAAAGCUUUGAUGUCCAACUUAAAGCUGUCAGAUUUAGAUGCUGCUGAUGAAGUACUCAGCACGAUGCUGACACCACCAACAGAAUCAUUCAGAGUCAGAUUAACUGGUCAAACAAAGACUGGUGCGCCAUUUGAACGAAUCUCUCGUGGGGUAUCAAAAGCUUCUAACGUAUUCGUCCGACCAAUGUUUGCUGGAGAUGAGUUUACAGUUACAUCAGGUGAAAGAAACGUAGCUGUUCAAGUUCAAGCUCUUGUUUUUGGCUCAAGUGAAUCUCAACCUUUAACAUUCACAGUAAAGGCAAGACGUGGAAGCAUCACAAGAUCUGCAUCUAAAAAUAUUCGCAAGAUGGGUUACGUGAAGUUGAUCUACAACGCACCAACUGGUAUGAAAGGAAAGACGGAAACUAUUGGAGUCACUGUAACCAACACAAGAACAGGAGAAAAAUCGACCAAUCUCUUUUCCAUCUUGUUGAAAUAAACAACGAACUUUUUACUUUGGUUUAAACAUUAUAACCUUUAUUUUCGCUUAAUUUUUGUUUAUGUUAUGUUUGUCUUUUAAUUUCAAAACAAUAAAAAACUGAAAUGAAA